UGAUAAUGAAAUAAGGUGACUCAUAAAAAAGAUCAGGAACAGUUUAGGUUCUUCGAAAGUACCUCUUUAAAGUUACUAAGUGACCGGUAUUUGUAGAAACAAUGAAGUCUUGGGUUGGGUAGGCCGCUCUUCCACCACAAAGGGAGGGAGCCACACGACCCCUUCCGAGGGGCGGCAGCAGAAAACAACAGAGGGAGUUUCUUCUUUCCGGUGGGCCAGCGACCAUAGAGGGUCGCUCCGCCAUCUUCCUAGAGCGACUGCUGCAGCGCGGAAGACCAGCGUGGCCCCUACUUCCGGCGACGCGAGGGCCGCCGAGCGAGGGAACGAGGGCGGUGGCCUGCCCGGCGCGAAAAUUCUGAGCUGUAUAGCUCUAGAAAGAGAAACAUUAAUUCAGAAGAAGACAGUAGACUCUCAAGAAUAUAUUUGACUCUUCACCAUGCGGUUAGGAAAACCUAAGGGAGGUAUUUCUCGGCGCUCAAGCCAAGGAAAAAGCUCUGAGAACCAGCGCAAAACAGGCCGGCAGCGGCAGAAAUGGGGCAUGACCAUUCGGUUUGAUUCAAGCUUGAGUAGACUGAGAAGAAGCUUGGAUAAGAAGCCCUAUAAAUGUACUGAAUGUGAAAAGAGUUUCAGUCAGAGCUCUACUCUUUUUCAACACCAGAAGAUCCAUACUGGAAAGAAAUCCCAUAAAUGUGUUGAUUGUGGGAAAAGUUUCUUUCAGAGUUCUAAUCUCAUUCAGCAUCGACGGAUCCAUACGGGGGAAAAGCCCUAUAAGUGUGAUGAGUGUGGAGAAAGGUUUAAACAGAGCUCAAAUCUCAUUCAGCACCAGAGAAUUCAUACUGGAGAAAAGCCCUAUCAGUGUGAUGAAUGUGGCCGAUGUUUCAGCCAGAGUUCCCACCUUAUUCAGCAUCAGAGAACCCACACAGGGGAGAAGCCCUACCAGUGCAGUGAAUGUGGCAAAUGCUUCAGCCAGAGCUCUCAUCUUCGGCAGCACAUGAAGGUGCACAAAGAAGAGAAACCUCGCAAAACCCGAGGCAAAAAUAUGAGGGCCAAAACUCACGUAGUAUCGUCUUGGAAAGCUGGUAUAGGAAGGAAGUCAGUGGCUGGUCUCCGCUAAGUAAAAGGCACUGCUUCAGCUCUCUUUAAAUAAUAAUAAUAAUAAUAAAAGCUGUCUCUUUUAGAACUGGAGAUAACUUUAUAAUAGAGCACUUAAAUAUUUUAUCCUUUCCUAGCAUGGAGAUGUCGGGAGUUUAAUGCUAUUGGACUGAAAGAAAUUACGUGAGUCCAGCUGUCCUCAUUUCUUUGUUAUGUAACCUAAGAGUACAAAGAACUAAAAAUAUGUUUUGAGAGCAUAUAAGAUCCUUGACCUCAUUUGAAAUUGUUUCCUGCGUCAUUUUGACAAUAACAAUCAUGUUUAAUGACACGUGUGUAAAAGGGCAGGAAUUCUGAUGACUACUUGGUUUUAGGACUUUCUCUUGAAGGAGUAAUUAAAAGGAAAAAGAACUUAAUUCCAUUGGUUUUGGAGUUCUGCAACAGAUGAGAAGAUUUUAUGUUUGUAAAGUUGUAGCGUAUUAAUCAUUGGUUUGUAAGUAUGACUCAAGAUUCAACAUACUAAAAUGUAUUCAUGUUCACAGAUUUUUUAGUCAACAGGGCACAUCACUUUAUAUUAGCUUUCUUUUAUACCUUCUGCUUAUGGACAGUUGUUAAUUAAAGGAGUAGCAUUUCCCUGUUUUUCACCAAAUUCUUAGUAAGAGAUACUUUAGAAGUCAAAGUGAAAACUGAAUUAGAUCACAAGUCUCUUCCUACUAGUACCGUUCUUUGUGAUGGUUACACUGUGUCAGUUGUUUUCCAGAAGUUAGGAUGGAUUUAUGUUGAUCCAUUCCUGGGCCUUUGACUUCUUUUGGCAUUCUCAUGUGCUCUGAUAAACUGAGCUAGCGUUUUAGAUCUACAUGAAUAAAUAAUUAAACCAUGUUUUACCAAAACAAUCUCAACUGGCUAAUUAAAAGUCUACAAUUUACAUACCUCCCUGCCUUCCCCUUUGAGAACUGGUAACCCUGAUUAUCUUAAAUGUUUGUCCAAUAGCAAAAGUCAUUUAAUUUAAAUGUCAGUGCAUUGUAGCUCAAUGUGUAGAUUUGGAAAUCUAAAUUAACCUUUUGUGAGUUAUAUGAAUUAUUUACAAAGUCUAACAAACAUAUUUAUUAGCUUCCUUCGGAACAGUACUAAGUGUCAGACAUCCUGAUCAGCCUUCAGCUCAGGUUUUAAUUUCUAUUGAAUGCUAACAUUCUUCUGAUUUUUUUUUUUUGUAUCUUUUAUAAUCAUGCUAGUUUCUAUUGUAUUAAUGACAGUUACUCAUAAAAAAAUUUUUUUAAUGGAAUAUUCUGUUUAUUUUUCUCCUGGGAAAUUGUUUUAAUGAUUUAGACAACAUCUAAAAUCACAGCUUUUGGAAGAAGCACUUGUUUUGCCUGUUUUUGAUUUCCUCAAACUUGAACUUUGCCUCCCGCCUGGCCUUGCACUGAGUGCAGGGUCAUAGAAGAUGGCCUUGUUGACAAUAGUUUCAUCCAGCAGAAUGUCCACAGAGAGUUUUGUGAGUAUGAGGUGAUUGCAGUUACCUUUUUUUUUUACAGCACACUUGAUCUUUGACCGCUUAGCAAGUGUCCUGUUCAUUGCAGCCAAGUUACUUUGUAGCAGGUGUGUGGCUAUGGGGCCAUUUUCAACAUCUACCGUCAGUGUUAUUUAUAGCAGUUUUGUGUCUGGAGUAACUUCUGACUGGGACCAACACCACUAUGGGGACAGAGUCCCAUAGAGCAGUUUCCAGGCUCUCGGCCUCACGUGGAAUGGUGCUGGCUCGGGUAGUAGAUGGCUGUCAGCGGUGGUUAAUUGACCAUCAGCUGUUACCAGUUAGUCAAUUAGCCCCAUUGUAACUGCUGCGGCUGCGUUGGUUGAUCAGUUGGUAGGUUUGCAGGCAGAGAAGCGGACAGCAGGUUGCAGGUUGUGUGUCUCCAGCCUCCAGUUAGACUAUAGUGGUAUGACUCCCCUACCUGUGGCUCCGUGAGUGUUCCUUUUUGGCCUAGCCAUAUCCUGCGUUCUUAUGUGGGGAGCAGGACUAGAGACCCUGUAGGCCGCCUUGCACGACAAAUAGGCAGUGAACAGGGUCUCCCGCACGACAACCACUUUCUUAAAUUUGAUGAGUUUUACAACUUUGACAGCAACCACAGGGCCCUGCAACAGAAAGACCUAAAAAUUGUUAGAUUUCAUAGUUUAAAUUUUUAUCCUGAGUAGACUUAUAUAUUUGCUAUAAAAAAGAAAGCAAAUACUCCUCAGAUUUUCAUGUAUUCCCAGUUUGGCUAUGGUUUACAUUUCUUCUUAGAACCCUAAAACUGGGAGCAAAUAGGUCAUAACAUUUAUGGUAGCCUUCUUUAAUAACUAACAUGGCACUGCAGCCUUUUGCUCCUUUUAUGAGCAUCUUAGGAGGAAGAGAAGUCACAGGUGCUUUAAAUUAAUGAGCUAAUGACAGUGUUCCACUACUAGAAACUGAGUAACAGUAGAAUGUGAGUCUGGUAGGCACUGCCUCUUUGAAAAUAUGCUGCCCCUCAAUACUCUGAUGAAUUUCCACCAUAACUCAGGUUUACCAACUGAGUUAUGGCCCAGUCCUUAUACAAGCUCUGGAUGUUUUAUUGGUGAGAGGGGGAGUAUGGGGGGAAGCUCCAAAAUAAUUUUUUUUAAAAUACUGAUAAAAUUUCUUCCACCCUACACCAACGAAUAAGAUGUGUUGUUAAACAUCCUUGGCUUCUGGUGGCUGGUUAGUCCAGUGGGUUAGAGCGUGGUGCUCUUAACAACAAGGAUGCUGGUUCGAUCCCCACAUGGGCCACUGUGAGCUGCACCCUCAACUAGACUGAAACAACUACUUGACUUGGAGCAAACACACUUAAAAGUUUAAAAAAAAAAUGCUUGGCUUCUACAUUCUUUUUUAUUUACUCAAUCAUUUAAUAAGAUUAGUCAAAGUAGAACUGAUCAAGGUAGCCUUAGCUUAAAGGAACUUAGGAUAGGCGAGUCAUCAAGUAGAGGAGUUGGAAAACUAGAAACAAGUAAAGCAAACAGGAUCCUGUAAGAGCACUGAGGAGGGACCUCUUACCCAGAGUGCCAGUUUCAGAGUGCAUCAAAAUCACCUGGACGGCUUAUCAAAUUAUGGGUCUCCUCCCAUAAUUGCUUAUUCAGUAGGUCUGGGCUGUAGCUGGGCAUUGACGUUUCUAACGAGCUCCCAGGUAAUGGCGACAUGCUGGUCCAGGAUGCACUUUGAGAACCACUGCUAUGAUGUGCUCACGUAAAAUGGUGUCUUAAGUCAGAUAUAUACAUAAUACUAAUCUUUGAUAAGGGUAGGCAGGAUUUAAUGAUGAAGACUUUGGGCCCUGGGGUCUACCUACUUAGGUUUACAUCAUGGUUACCUAGUAAUUGGACAACUUGAAUUUUGGUUUUAAUUAAAUUGGAGAAGAUUCCUGUGGUUGAGUUGUGGAGGGUAUUAAAUGAAGUAAUGCAGGUAGAGAGCUUAGCAUAAAGCCUGGGACAUUGCUGAGAAUUUACUGAUUAACUUAGGUCUCCAAAGGCAGAGAAGCUAUUGAAUCAAAUCUGAAAUUGUCAGUGACAAAAGUAUAACUCCCAUAAAUUUAAACAUGAGUUUUUGUUUGUUUUUUGGCUGACUUGGGACUCUUGGAGAGAAAGGAUACCUCUAAAGGGAAGAACCAUCUAAUAAAUUUCUAAGGGAAAUUUUAGAACCUGUAUGAAUUUUAUGACAGGUAAUAGGAGUACCUCUUCAAAAUAGAAGUACAUAACCACAAACUAUUCCCCAUGUUAGUGAGGCAAAGUAAUUUCAUUUUGUUGAAGUAAAUGUCUGUCGAGCACUGGCCAUGUAUAAAAGACUGGUAGGAAAGUGAAUUACGUUUUUUAAAAAGGUGAUUACAGUGUGAUUGCUUUUCAAAAUGGAAGAAUUUACAUCUGGUACAGGGAAGAAGGAAGGGUCCUUGAAAGGGAUGACAUUUAUACUAGGGAAUAGAAACCCAAAAGGCUGUAGAGGCCAGCAGCCAAUGAGAUGAGUGCGUGAGAAGUGAGGAGUUCUGAAAACCACAGUGCACCUGCCCGUUGAAAGGACAACCCUGACUGUCAGCCAAUCACUGCCAUGCAGAGAUUCAGACCCAGAUAAUGCCAGUUCUUUUGAUUUUUCAAGAGAAACGAGAAAUCUAGAUUUUAAAAGACAACCCUCUUACUAGCUUGCCACACCUGAACUAGCUUUUUAAGGAUGUAAAGGCUCUGUGUGUUAUCUGCAUGGGAGUGGGGGGAAGAAAGGAGGAGAGAGGCAGAGGUACAUGAUGGAGUGGAAGCUGCAAAGCACAGAAGAAUCUCAGCACAGCAGCAAGUAGAUGCCUUAUGGACAUUCCAGUUUCAUCCAAGAGUUGCGGAAGGCGAGGCUGGAAUGGGCCUCAGGAGAGCCUUAAGAAACAGCAACCUUUGAUAAGAUGAAAGUUUUUAGAGCAUAGGUUAAAAGACAAUGAGUCAGUGAAAAAUAACCAUGUUACUAGAAGAAAAACUACCCCAGAACAGACCCAAUUGGCUAAUUGGACCUCCUGCCCCGGGCUUCAAGUCUUACCUCCUUCCAUUCCCUGCCCCACACUGAAGGACUGCAACUCCGCACUGCUCUGGAACUUUGCUGAUUCUGCUUCGACCAAUAUCUAUUCUGAGAGUUAGGCCUCCAAGAGGUUGACCUUGAAAUUGAUAAAUGUUGCGGCUGAAAGAUGAGAAAAUAUAACUUAACUAUAAAACACAGUUCUUAGUUGCAUUCCUUGUGGUAAAACCAAAUACAAGUAGAAUCAUUACAAAUUUCGUUUAAAGGAAGAGCAUCUAAUGAAGUGAUGGGGGUUUGGGAUUGUCUUCCAGAGGAAACAGUAUGUUGGGUGAGCAAAAACCCAAGUGCUCCCCCACAUUUCCCAGAACCCUUAUAGUCAGGUGAGAAAACAGUUCUGGCCAUUUGUAAGCAAAAGUAACACUUUUAAAAGUCAUUGGGUGAUUCUCCAUGCUCCCACUACCCAUAAUGGAAGGGUCAUUCCAGAUAGUUCCUGAGCCCCUUGCCAACCUGCACAAAAUCAAU